GAAUGAGUUUCUGAUUGGACAGGAGAAGUAAAAAGGGGCAGGAGGAGUGCUUGAGAACAAAGUCAAACUGGCCUGGCAAGUUUUGCUUUCUCCUCAAUACAAACACAUGCAUGCACCAUCUCUGUGGCUUUCUUUUUGUGACUCUCAAACACACUUGUCUUACGAAGACAUUGCUCACUUAAUUCUUGCUGUAUCAGAAUAAAUAUACAGCCUGACUCACUGGAGAUAUCUAUAUUUAGUGUUAAAGGGGAAGCCAGAUUUGUUGAGUUUCAAGAGGCAGUCACAGAUUAUUCUGGAUCCUGUAGAGACAUGCCUUAUCCUUUUCCUGGAAUCUGUAUCAAGAAAUGAUUCCAGUGCCUUAAAUGUGUUGAGUCAAUGUGGAUGUUUACUGGCUGUAAGUCCCAUUCAUCUACUUCUGAGCAAACUAGUGCAGGAAAGCGAGUAAGGAACAUACAUAGCAGCUGAAGUUUUCCGUUGCCAAGGAUGUCAACUGACACUCUACAGCCGUCUCGGCGAUUAAUGAGGUUGGUCGGACCUCCUGGCACACAAAGUCGCAACCCAGAGAUCCGUUGUCCAGUCCAGUUAUCUCCAGGGAUACGCAAACCGAGUGCUGUAGAACGCCUGGAAGCAGACAAGACCAAGUAUGUCAAGAGCCAACAGGUGGCUUUCAAGAAGCAGCAGCCAGUCACUUGUCCCUCCAACAACAGCCAGAGUGGAUCAAGUGCUCAACAGCCAACAAGAAAGGUCCCUUCCAGACCCAAUAUAUCUGAGACUCCCCCCCUUAAUCUGGAACACCUUUGCAAACUAAUCGAUGGUGUUGGUGAUACAACCGUGCCAGUUGUUUCUACGCAUCCCAACAGUGCAGAGAAAAUUCAAGAUUAUCCUGACCCAUGCAAGCCACUCUCCCCAACUCUAAAUAUGACGGAAGAAGCUUCUGUUGGGUCGACUUCAACAAUUCAAGGAAAAGCUGCGGUAGAGGCCUUAGGAACUAACGGAUGUCCUUCCAUGACAGUGCGGAGAGUUGAUGUCAGGCCACAGCUACCUCAAAUGAGAAUGGCCGGUAGACCACAGCUGCAGAGCCAUCCACCGAUGCAGGUGCCCACGCCGCAGUUUCCAACGCAACUUCUGCGCUUGCUUAGACCCUAUACGCAGCCAAAUCAUCACUCAAUUGCUUUCAAACGGCUUCAUAAUGUCACAACUGUCCCCCGAGGACCUAUUAAACCACCAAGCAAUCCUGCCCAAAGUUCACCUUCCUCUGAAUCUCCAUCAAGGUCAUUCAAUUCUUUGCCUCUUCCUAUAAAACCAAAUGCUGAACCAGCACCAUGUGCCUCUCCUGCCCCUCUUACUCCGAGCUCAGUAGCUUCGUUCCUGGCCAAAAAUGACUUCCAAUCACCACCAUCUCCAGCCAUCACUCGCCAUUCCUCAACAAGCUCCAGGAAGCGUCCUUCAUUGACACGUUCGAAAUCGGAUGUCAGCGACUGCUUUUCGCGAGCUGGGGCAGAGCUUGAACGCUUUUUUAAUUAUUGUGGCUUAGACCCAUCGGAUUUAAAGGAGCUAGCAAGACCAGGAUCUGACAUUGUUUCCGUUUCACAUCUCCGUAGUGCCAGUGCCCCGGCAUCUGAGCGUACAGCUGAUGGCGACGAGGAUGAGGAGGAAGAGGCAGCAAAAGAUGAACAUCCUGGUUAUGGUAUUUCCAUAAUUGAGAGAAAUGCACGAGUGAUCAAGUGGCUUUAUGGAAUGCGCCAAGCCAAAGAAAGUCCUAAGGUAGCCAACAUGUAACAACAAGGAACAAACAACCACUAUUCUGACUGAAAUCAAAUAUAUCAAUUGUGGGCUUCAAUGCGCAGUAUGGCUACAUGUUGUACAAAGAGUUUGCUUUGCUUUUCUCAUUCAGUGUUUGUCUCUGUUAUUUGUAAUCACUAGAUGUAAUUAAAUCUACUGUGCAUUCACUACAAUUUAUCAUGGCUAAAGCUUGGUGGUCAUCCAGUGUUCUCAAACAGUAACAAUGCAUUAUUUUGUGGUGACCUCCAAUAAGCCAUUUAUUGCAGUUCAAGCAUCUUUUUCUGCCAUGUUGUACUUCUAAGGCCAAUUUAAAAGGUGGCAGAAAUAUCUCAAAUUGAUGGUAUUUCUGUCAUGGCAUGAAACAAAAAUUGCAUUUAGUGAAGCCCUUUGUUGCAGCUAAUAAUUAAUAUUUAAUGCUUGUUUUACUAUCUUUUACAUGUGACAAUUAAUUUAUGUGAAUAUUGCUAUUGUUUAUCGCUGUGUUAAAACUCACAAGUUUACAUAUUCACCCCAAAUCUUUAUCAAAAAAUAGAUGUUUUUUUUUGUUGUUUUUUUUUGGGAUGGUGAACCCAGUGUUUGCACACACUAGUCUUUAUGUAUAUGUAACUAUGUAUAUGUAACAGUAGCCAGCUGGUAUGUGAUAGCUGUGUAGUAUGUAAACCUAGAGGCCAUAGCAUUUUUAGCCUCCUUGCCAGCGUGUCCGACUCCCAUGCUGGGGAUCGCCGGUUCGAAUCCCACACGGGGUGGGUCGAGUAGGAUUACAUCUUCACUGGUGCCAUGACCCGGAUGGGAGUGAGGUUUAGAGGGGUGAGUGUAACAGUAGCCAGCUGGUACGUGAUAGCUGUGCAGUGUGUAAACCUCACACUUCUGGCCUUAAGAGACGCAUUAGCGACCGAGGCUAGAGGCCAUGGCUUUUAUAGCCUCCUUGCUAGCGUGCCAGACUCCCAUGCCAAGGAUUGCCAGUUCGAAUCCUGACCGGGGCGGGUCGAGUAGGACCGGUGACAUAGAGUCCUGUACAAAAAAGCAGAUUUGAUCUGUCCAAGGGUUGGUCAUCAAAUGACAGUCCAAAUCCACAGAGGAUGUUGACAGUAUUGCAAUGACAAAAUAGUGUUGACAAAUAUACCAAACUGAUCGUAGAAUUAGACUUGCAUGAUUAAAAUCAAUAAAAAUGAAUUUACACUACAGUACUUCUGUAUUGUCAUUUUGUUUUAUUCCAAAUUUCACUGUAAAGACAUACAGUUGUUUUUA